CAAAACCAGGGAUCAGACAUUAAGAUGGAGAAAUAUAUCUCCUCCAUGGUUAUUUUUUGCGCGGCUUUAAUGCCCAUGGUCCUUGGAUUUCCAUAUAGUGAUGUUUCAAUUGCUUGUGACUCCAUGUUACCAGAUCAUGGAAGUGCACCACAGACGUCUACCCCACCUUAUGUCAUCUCGGUAUCAUUUGAUAAAUAUGAUCCAGGAAAUGAAAUACAAGUGAAUCUAGAAGGAACAUCACCAUCUGGAUUUAAAGCAUUUAUGGUACAGGCCCGAGAAGUCAAUGGGAAUGUUCCUCUUGGUUCAUUUCGCAUCAUAGAUCCAAACUCACAAGGAUUUGCAUGUGCCAAUAUUUCAAAUUCAGCAGUAAGUCACAGAAGUUCCAAUGUAAAACACCGAAUUACAACUUAUUGGAUUGCUCCUCAAGGUACUAAGAAGAUUCGGCUGAUGGCAACUUUUGUUCAAGAUUAUGAUGUCUAUUGGGUUGGUGUUCAUAGCAAAACCCUCUCACCUAGAGGUUCAGAUGCAAUGAAUGAUUCCAAAAUUUUCAAUGAUUCCUCGACAACCAACAGCUCAGAGAUGAAUGAUUCCAAAAUUGUCAAUAAUUCCUCAACAACCAACAGCUCAGAGAUGAAUGAUUCCAAAAUUGUCAAUGAUUCUAUGACAACCAACAGCUCAGAGAUUGCCAGAGAUUCUAUAACAUCUGUUGUUUCUGAGAUUACUGCUGAGUCUGAUGUAUCUAAUGACAACCACAGAUACACUGAUUUCAAUACCCUCCUUGCUGAUUCUGAGUUAGACUAUAGAUCUGAGACCCCUGAAGAUUCUGAGGCAACCCAUGACUCCAACAGAGAAAAUGCCACAGCAAGAAGUAAGAGGAAGUCAGUUGUAACUGUGAACGUCAAGUGUGGUGAGGGAGCAUCCCAAUCAAACAGUGGUGCUUGCAUCAAGACUGCACAAGGAUCUUCUCAGUCUCAAAGUACUGGCAGCCAGUCCAAGGUUAUAGUAGUUAAAGAAGGAAGUAGCAGUGGCUGCACUGGGGGAGCAUCCCAAUCAAACAGUGGUGCUUGCAUCAAGAUUGCACAAGGAUCUUCUCAGCCUCAAAGUAGUGGCAGCCAGUCCAAGGUUAUAGUAGUUAAACAAGGAAGUAGCAGUGGCUGCGCUGGGGGUGGUGUCGCAGGCGUGUACAACCAAUAUGGUUGCGGAGAUAGUGGAUCUGACAUUGGCAGUCAGUCUUCAUAUGGCCAGUCAGUUUCCACCAAUACUGGUUCCAAAGUAAAGGUGGUAACCUACCCAGAUAGCAAACCCUAUCCACCUGUGCGUGAUCCUCUGUCAUCGAAAAUUUCCAAUUCCAAAUUUGGUGGAAUAAUCCAUUCCCAGAGUUCUUCCAGCAGCAAAAUCCAAAUCCAGGGUUCAAGACCCCAAAGCGGCUCAUCACAAGAUGUUCGUAUAACCAUCCAGAGUGGACAAGGAAACCCAGCUUGUGAUAAGAGUUCAUCUUCUUAUAACAUCCAAACUUGUAAUCAGGGCCAGUCUUCAAGUUCACAGUCUUCAGGCUCACAGAGCAGCGGCAGUUACUCUGGCUCACAGUCUUCAAGCUCUCAAAGCAGCAGCUCCUCUGGCACACAGGGUCAGUCUUCAAGCUCGCAAAGCAGCGGCUCCUCUGGCACACAGCAGGGUGGAUCUUAUUCGAGUGGCAGCAGUCCCUGUGGACAGGGUACUACAUAUGACAGCAAUCCCUGCCAUCAGGGCCAAUCAUCUUCUUCACAACAAAACACAUACAAUAACCAGGGCCAAUCAUCUUCUUCACAACAAAACACAUACAAUAAUCAGGCUAGUUCAGGAUAUAAAGGAAACAGUAAUUCUUGUUACCAGGGUAAAGAUGCUUCUUCAUACAACAGCAAUAAGUGUUGAAUGUGAUCGUGUGGAAAUAGAAAUCAUGUCUAGAGUUCAAGAUAAUAUAAGGGAGCCACGAGACCAACUUCAGCACAACUGGAAUCCACAAAUGGACAGAUGCACUGGAAAAUCACCCGCUGUCUGUAUUGCUCCCUGACAC